AUGGCAGGGGAAAAAAUGUCAAGACAUUUGAAUCUUGCAAAUCUCUUGAUUGUAUGUACACUCGUGUUGAGCAUUUUUGCUUCAGAUGUUGAAAGUUUGGGUGUGAAUUGGGGUACCAAAUCUUCGCAUCAACUACCACCUGACACGGUGGUUCAGAUGUUGAAAGACAAUGGAUUUACGAAGGUCAAGCUGUUUGAUGCGGAUCCAAACAUCCUAAAUGCUUUGGCAGACACUGAUAUUGAAGUCAUGGUGGGUGUUAAGAAUGUUGAACUCGAUAAGUUGACCGAAAAGAUAAAUGCUGCAACAUGGGUCAAGAAAAACGUCGUCAGAUAUGUUGACAAUAAAGUCAAGAUAACGAGUGUAGCUGUUGGUAAUGAGCCGUUUCUGAAGGACUAUAAAGAUAUGUUCCUCAACUCAACACGACCAGCAUUGGAGAAUAUCCAAAAUGCCCUUGAUGAUGCAAAACUUGGAGAUAAAAUCAAGGCCUCGGUUCCAUUCAAUGGGGACGUUUACAUGUCCCCACCAUGGAGGGCUGUGCCGUCUGCAGGUAUUUUUCGUCCCGAUGUUGCUGAUGAGGUCGAAGAUAUAGUGGAUUUCCUUGCAAAGAACAAGGCUCCAUUUAUUGUCAAUAUCUUCCCAUUCUUGAGCCUUACAUUGGGUGAUGCUGGUUUUCCUAUCGAUUAUGCAUUUUUUGACGGUGAUGGUGUUGUCCAAGAUGGAAACUACAAGUACACAAAUGUGUUUGAUGCAAACUAUGACACUUGUGUAUCAGCUUUGAAACAAAUUGGUCACGAGAACAUGCCUAUCGUGGUUGGGGAGAUAGGUUGGCCCACUGAUGGAAAUAAAUGGGCCAACACCUCCCUUGCUUCACGAUUUUAUAACGGGUUGUUGCCACGACUAGCAGGCAAUAAUGGGACACAUUUGCGCCCAGGUCAUAUAGAAGUGUACCUCUUUGGACUGUUAGAUGAAGAUAAAAAAAGCAUACUUCCCGGUGACUUUGAGCGACAUUGGGGUAUCUUUGACUAUGCUGGUCAGCCAAAGUUUGAAACAAGCUUAGCUGGAAAGGACAAUAACAAGACAUUGGUAGGAGCCAAAAACGUCGGGUAUCAAUCUACGAAAUGGUGCAUUCUGAAGGAACACGAGUCUCAUGACAAGAAGAAACUCAAUGAGAGCAUGACUUAUGCUUGUGACCGUGCAGACUGUAGUGCAUUUGCUGAUGGUGGAUCAUGUAGUGGACUUCAUGAUGCUGACAAGACGUCUUAUGCAAUAAACACUUUCUUCCAAGUGGCAAACCAGUCGAAAGCUAGCUGUGAUUUCGGUGGAAUAGCCACUGAAGUUCAGAAAGACCCGUCUACGGGUCAUUGCAAGUUUAACAUUCAAAUCAAGCCAUAUGACCAUCAUGAAGAUUCAGAAUCAUCACCGUCACCAUCACCACCACGGUCCUCAUCAUCACAUUUCACCAGUCCUCGACCUGCUAUGGUGGUUUUGGUCAUCUUGAUCAUGGCUUCAUUAACUUUCUUUUAGUUAGCACACAUAUCUCAGAUACUUCAUUCAAAUGGAUACAAUAACCAGAUUAAUAAGUACAUUAUAUUAUGUCUAGAUAUAAUCAUCGGGUCAUUAUAGGUUAUAGUUUCAAAACAACUCUGGAUAGGAAAGGGAAAA